CCUUGGUGAAAAUGCCAACGCUGCAGGCGCAUACUCGGCAGCUUUCAAAUAGCGACCUGUCUAUUCUCAGCCGCAACGGAUUCCUCCUCACCAAGCAACUGACAGCCGGAAUAAUUUCAACCAGUCCAAGCUCCAAGAGUACGUCGCUCCGCCUUUGAUACACACAUGCCUCUCCACGACCAAUCCAUCAUGCAAGCCCAUGAAGAAGCCCUAGCCUUACUUACGAGCACGCCUCAAAAGACAUCCCAUGCAUCGAUGGAGAACCUCCUGAGCAUUUAUGGCGCACAACAGGGAUGUAAUCUAUCACGUGAGUCUGUUGACACUAUCCAGCGCAAAACGAUUCUGGAGGAGCUCUCGCAGAUCUUGCAUCUGCGUGGUCGUUUGCAGCAGAUGGGCGCUACAUUUUCCGACCAGGGAGAGAUGCUGACCUAUGGGAACCCAUCUUCACCCAAGGAGUUUGAAGCCAUGAUACGUCUCGGUCCAUUAUACGAUGAUCAGUGGAAUUCUUUCUUCAUUGAGACCUACGAACCGUCUGACAGUGGAGCACAAAAUGACGCACAACUAUCGACCCUUCUUGGAGAGGAGUCGUCGAGCGAAGGCGACUCAGAAUCCAGCGACGAUGAUAAUCAAAGAUUGUACGCAACAGUGAUUCUUGGUACGGAAGCGCCCCGAGACGUCACCAGUCGACCUGUGAUUCGGCAUCACCGCAGGAGUAGCGUACCACACAACAUUGGUUGGCGUUUCAGUGACGAUUCUAUACCGAGAUCUCGCAAGAACGCUGCCUGGAGGUCUAGUGACGAUUUGAGCUUGGUACCAGAAUGGAGCGAUGUUGAACAUGCCGACGCUCAGGGCCCGCAAGAUGUGUCAUCUGUGCCGAUAUUCAGGAACUGUAGUCUCAAGCGAGUUAACGCCUUGCAUGGAGAUGCCAGACCAGUAACAGCUCCAUCAUCUUUUCCCACCAAUUCGACACUAUAUGGCGCAUCGCCGUUACAAGUAAGCCAUACAGCUUCUCAUCUUACCCAAUCGCGCGCAAUACCGCCGCUGAAGAACGUGAACCCACAGAGCAGGUUACCUCCUGGCGAUAUCGUGUCGAACGCAGUAGGAGACAAGGUGAUAUCUGGAGAUGUAGCGAAGGCAACCCCAGUACAAGAGGCCGCCAAAGAAGACCGAAAGCAUAAAACAUGGGGUAGGGUACGCCGUUGGUUCCGGAAUCCUUUCAGACGAGGAUAG